GCUUCCUCGCGGCAGUAUUGGCCGCGUUCUCCGUCACGUUCGGACUCGAUUAUUCAUUGUCAGUAUUCCUUUUACGCGCGACCAGUGUCCAAAAAUCUUUUUACAAAUAUUGUGACGUUAAUUUACUUCUUUCUUUCUUCCGUCACGAUCGCAAUAUAUUUUGCGAAUUUGUGAUUAUUUCGGAGAGUCUAUAGUGUUUUCUUAUUAUUGAUUUAAUUCUAUGAAAAAAAAAAUCUGAAUUUGAAGCUUGAAACGGAAAAAAUUUUUUUCCCCACCGAUGUGCCGUGCGUGCUAAAACGGUGCCUCCCGUUCGCCGAACCCAAGUGAAGACACUUCGGGUUUACGGCCCGCUACAGCUGCCGCUCAUCAAAGCCGAAGACGCGGGUCGAUCUGAAAAUACGUAGCGAAUGGAAAACGGAGGAGUGGCGUCUCGUGCAAAUAAUGUAAAGAGGACUCGGAGACCCCGAAGCGAGAUCAUCGGAAGUAUCAGGAGUAUCCCACAGACAAUCUCACACGCUCAUCCUAGCGAUGCGACAUUCCACGCUGAUCCCGCGUAAUCAUUGACAAUCGGCAAGAUGCGAAGCGAGGUGGGCGAAUGGCUAGCCACGUGCGUAGGUUCACCGAUAUGCAUUCUGCUGUUGUCAUGGUCCCUAUUGAUCUACCAGAAUCAAUCAUCAUCCGCGAAAAGAAGAAUCGACGUGCUGACAGUCGCGAUUCUCUCUCAAAGUCUCGCGCAUCAAUUAGGACUGCUGCUGUAUGCGAUUCUCACCUUAAUUCGUCCAGCGAAUCACUUUGGAGAAUUAUGCUCGACAUUGGUAUGGGUGCUGAACUCGUCGAGCAUCCUCCAGGAGUUAACCCUGACAUCGAUCGCCGUGUUCGCGGCUAUCAGCAGCCGCGAUAACGCUAUCAAUCUCACCAAGAAUCAUUUCAAGUACCAUCUCGUUAGCCUGAGCGUAAUCAGCGCCUGCAUCGGCGUCACCGGCGUCCUCAACUUCGAGCCAGAAGUCUGUGUCUUCCUGGCCCACGAGAUCUCCUAUAAAUAUGGCAUCUUCGUCAAUUCGCUGAGGGGUCUGCUGGCCCUUACAUCUUUCUUCGCCGUGCUGAUCGCGCUCUUCAGGAACGUCUGUCGGUCGCCGACCUCUGAACUGCUCAAGUCAGUCUCGGACCUGUCGGAGGCGAGCUCGAAGAACUCCUCGGGAGCGUUCGAGUGUCAACCGCAACACUGGGAUCCCUCGAGCGGAUCGUGCACCAGUGGCUCGACCAACAGCAGAGCAUGCUUAAGGAAGAAGAAGGUACAAGUGGACGAGGCGAGCGGCAAAUCCACCGUCUACAGCAUACUCUUCGUCUGCUACAUCUUCGAGCACCUACCCAUUCUGAUUAUCUCCAUCAGACCGAGCCUCCUGAAGAACUUUUGCACACCCCAGAAUCUGGCGACCUGGCUCCCGUUGAUGAAGGACACCCUGCUUCCGGUUUUCCUGGCUCUCUUCGACAAGAUGUUUUGCCGAUACGUGGCCAAGGUGUACACAAAGCAGGAUCACGUGAGAAGGCUAUCGCACGGCGGAAUAGACGGUAAAUUUCGACACUUUGAGCAGGACACCGAGUACAAGCUACAAUUGAACCUGAAUCACGGGCUCAAGUUCCCCCUGACCAACGGAAGCCUCUACGGACGGUUGCACAGCCAUCAGAACAGAGGGAAAACCGGCACGAUCAACAUGGGAAUUCAGCAGCACUAUCCCAGGACGCAAUCCGUUAACGAGGACGGCAAUUACGCGUCCUUACCGGCGGAAUUGUCGUCCUUGACGAGUUCGACCUUCGAGCCGCGUCAGGAUAAGAUUGCCGAGGCGUCGUCGAAGCGAAACCCGACGCAGGAAUCGCAGCAGCAGCAGCAGCAGCAGCAGCAGCAUAGCAGACGACCAAGACCGAACGAGAGCCUGCACGAGAUCGCCGGUAAUCGUAGGAAGAUCGGCAGCACCGACGUUUUCGGGCAGAACAUGGAGAACCUGGUGCAGCUCGAGGAUCCAGCGUGCAACCAGUGGAAGCACCAGAUCGCCAAGGACGAGAUUCGCGAGGAAUCGUUCAGGCGACACGCUAGGAGCGUCCUAGGCCUCGAGAGUCUGAUCGCCGGGCUGGAGGGCGAUCUUCAGGAUCAGCAUUAUCCUAGAAACCUUCUGCGCAGGAAUCAAAGCUUCGACCACGCCAGAUAUCACCGACCUAUGCUCGACACAAGGACCUACAAUUUGAAGAAGGGCGAUCACGCGAAAGAAGGUCUUCAACAGAAUCUUCAUCAGAAUCUCCUUCAGAGACGAGAUAGUCAGGGACUUUGCGACGGAUACGACAGCUCCGAUGACGAGAGUUGCGAUCUGGAGAACGGUGACUUUGACACUAUGAGCUCGUGCAGGAGUAGAAGCAGGAGCUGUUGUUCCGUCACCACAGUCGCCAAUGAUGAUUUCGAAUACUUCCAACGUAAAGGAAUCAAGGUAGAGCUACUGCCCUCGAAGCGUGCCGGCGGCGGGGAGGUAAAGGUCAACAUGCGAUCUUUCACGCCGCGUAUCAUAGAGAAUGGCGUGGAGGAUCGCGAGGAAAGCAAGAAGCAACGCGAUAGCAACGUGAGACUGAUCGACAGCACGAGACCCAGCAUACAAUCCUAUCAGUUGAAGGCUAAGAAGAUCGGCCUCGGUUACUCGAUGAACGACCUGGAUAAACUGACAGUCGUCAAGAAGCUGCCGAAUCUCUCGAUGGAGAGCCUGAAGAGCAUCCUGAAGAACUCGGGCGUGAGCUAUCUCGACAAUGGUGACAUAUGCAAACAUGACAUUGGCGGCUCGGCGCCCGACUUCAAGAAGAUUUUUGUCACCGAAUUCAUAUGAGAUUUAUAUACAAUAUGUUUAGAAAGACUGUAUCGUUUGUCCUUGUGAUGUAGCAGCGACACGUUCGUAAAUCAUCGAAAUUUCUUUCACUGCGAGCGUUAUCAUUCUUAUCCAGAGCAGAGAGGCAUUUUUUAUGUGUGAUUUUAAAAACGUCAUUAUAUGUAUAAUAGAAUUUUAAAGGAUUGAGCUGAAAUAUUUACAUUCGUAUGACAAUCUUGAUUUAUUAAUAUAAUAGAAAAAAUAAUCGUUAUAUGAAUAUUAAGGGCCUAGUCUACUUUAGAGACAAAAAAAAUUUUUUUCUAAAAGAACGAUACCUGAAGAAUAUAUUAUUCAAAUUUUAUUGAAGAAUUUGCAAAAUUGACUAAGUUUUAAUAAUAAGAUCGCACGCGUUUUUUUCAAAUAAAUUUGCAACUUUAAACGUAUUUUUCUCGAAACAUUGUUUUCAAAGUUGAUGUAACAGAUAUCUUGAGAACUGAGGAGAUGACUUCAAUUUUUUUUUUUUUAAUAAAAGAAAACACUUUUUUUGGGGGGGAGGGAUUGAACCUAAUUAGAAAUUAAAAAAAUUAAUAAUUAUUAUUUUUCUAACAUUUAUCAGAAAUAACUAAAUUUCAGCAAAAUUGAUGUAUCUAAUUUUAAAAUAACACUACUUUAUUAUUUUUAAAUUUUUUUCUAAUGAAAUUAGAUUUAUUAUUCUUAAAAUAUUUAGGGAAUAAAAUUAGACCGAGUUUUUCAUUUCAAACAAUUAGACGAGGGGCAGCAUGUCAUUGAACUAUGCAUUGACAAAAAAAUUCUAAAUAUCCAAGAUUUAAAAAUAUUAACAUAUUGUUUAAGUACCAAUCAAUAAAAACAUAUGUAAAGCGGCAAAAAAUCAAUUUCUAAUAUUCUUAAAAAAAUAUUCUUAAAAAUUAUAAAUUUUUCAUACUGCUAGAAUAUCCUGGCUUCUUAAUGUAAUAGACAAAAUAAUUGAUAUGAAUUAUUAACAACCACCACAUGUUUUCAAGAAAAACUGUCUUUUUCUCAUUCUUGUAAUAUAAAUUUUCAAUCUUAUAUGUAAACAUGUUUUUCUAAACGCGUCGCAUUUGCUGCCUCGCGACUUAUUCAUUCCAAGCUGUCAUCGAUGAUUUACGGACGAACGUAAAUGUAAUUAUCGUAGAUGCUCGCAUGCACGCAGCGUUACGUGCUUAUUUUUGUAUAAAGGCUGCUGUAAAAUACGUAGCGGAUUUGUUUCUCGAACGGAGAAUCGAUUAUAUGAACGUUACUUGUACAUAUUUUGUAUAUUUGUAUCGUAAUAUUUAAUGUAGCGAUUAUGUAUAUACAAUUAUAUGAGCGUCGCGGAAAAACGGCGAUCGGAUUGUGUAUAAAUUAAUUGCAAAUAUAUUUUAUUUUUGGGUUUAUACGUAAGAAAA